GUGGGAACGGUAAUGACGCCGGUACCACCACCACUACCAGCAACAACGGGACCAGCCAAGGGAACGGCAGUAACGGUGGCGGUAACGAUGCAGGAAACGCUGCUGGGGCUCAGCAGCAACAACAACCUCAGACGGGUUAUCCUCCUUUCUCGCCUACCCUGGGGUUGAACCAGAAUACAUCGCAACCUCAAACUCAGGGUCAAGGUCAAGGCUCUGGUCAAGCUCAGGGCCAGGCUCAGGGUCAAGGUCAAGGCCAAGGUUCCAACCCCGGAGGUUAUCCUCAACCCGGAUCUGCAGCCGGAGCGGGGGGGAUGUUACACUCUGCCUACAAUGGACCGCCUUACCACCCCGGUCCGAACACUCAUCAUGGACAACAACUCGGGAUGGGUAUGGACAUGGGGAUGGGCAUGGGGAUGGGUCUUGGGGCCGGGAUGAGCCAGACCCCUGGACCUGCGACUGGAGGUGGAGGGAGGGGCAAGGCGGGUCAAGAGGGUGUGGAUUCGGACCAUGAUAACCGGACGAGGAAUGCCAAGGCGCAAAAGAGGCAUAGGGAGAAGAGGAAGGCGUUGAUGAAGGACCUGGAAGACAAGGUCACCUUCCUUCAACGCCAAGUCUUGUCCAUGCGAGGACCCGGUUCGGCCGUCCCAGAACCCUACCCCGGAUCGAGCUCGGCCCCGGGUUCCGCCUACCCCUUCUACCCUGCUACAGGCGGACCUGCCCAGAACCAGCAACAACAACAGAUCCAGCCCGGCAACAACGGCAUGGUCCAUAUGACCGUGUCCGAGCACCGCCAGUUGACGCAUCAGAAUAGCUUUUUGCAGGAAGAGGUCGCCAGGUUGAGGCUGGAGAACGAGGCGUUGAGGUCGAGGUUGAACGAAGGGGUCGGACGGGGAGGUGGGGACAUGGGAGCCCGUUUCGAAGGCGACCAACAGCAGCAACAACAGGGCAACGCCGGGUACCCUCAACAAAACCAAGGUCAGGUGGGAUCGUCACAACAACAACAAUCGCAACAACCUACAACGGGCCGAUCAAAGUUGGAGGGUUCGCCCAGUCAACAACAAGCCCAACCGAUGGACGAGACGGCCGGAUCGUUCGAGACGGGUGGGGCGGGUGCUGGUGCACCGGGUACCGGGGCUUACAGCUUGAACGCUUACGCCGGGGAGACUUGAGGCGCGGGAGAUGUAUAAUACAGUGGGAGGUGCGCGGGUGGGGGUGUUCGGGUUUCAGCUUGUCAGAUGUGGCCUUUUGGUUUUUCGUUUUUUCGCAGUUUGUACCUUUUUCUCAAUCGUUCCAUGCACGUGCAUAUGCAAUAUGUCGAGAUGUCGAAUAUCGAGUAUACGUAUAUGUGUGUUCCCAAAUUGGAUCGCAUGCUAAGAAAAA